CGACUAGGUUCAUCCGUAAAAUAGUAAUGGCGGCGCUCACGGCUGUACGGUGCUCCCGAGGGUUGCUGAAUGGCUUGAAAGUUUCAUUUCAGACAUUGACACACGUGAACCAUGGGGUAGCUGCAGCCACCACAUCAAAUAUCUUGCGGCAUUCAAGAUAUUAUUCUGUAGGUCAUCUCACGGUUCAAGAGCGCAUAGAAAAGAAACGGAAUGCAGCGCUCGUUGGAGGAGGUCAGAUGAGAAUAGAUGCACAACACAAAAGGGGUAAAUUGACAGCAAGAGAGAGAGUCGAACUGCUGUUAGAUCCUGACUCUUUCGUCGAAUAUGACAUGUUUGUCGAACACAGAUGCUCGGAUUUCGGGAUGGAGGCAGAUCGCAAUAAGUUCCCGGGUGACAGUGUCGUUACUGGACAGGGCAGGAUCAAUGGCAGACUGGUGUACGUAUUUAGUCAGGAUUUCACAGUGUUUGGAGGAAGUCUCUCAGGAGCUCAUGCCCAAAAGAUCUGUAAGAUCAUGGACCAGGCGAUGAUGGUGGGUGCCCCGGUGAUUGGCCUUAAUGACUCAGGAGGAGCCCGCAUUCAAGAGGGAGUGGAGUCUCUGGCUGGAUAUGCAGACAUUUUCCUGAGGAAUGUGAUGGCUUCAGGUGUAGUCCCUCAGAUCUCCCUCAUCAUGGGUCCUUGUGCUGGAGGUGCUGUCUAUUCACCUGCGCUGACCGAUUUCACUUUCAUGGUGAAGGACACGUCAUAUCUGUUCAUUACGGGCCCAGAUGUAGUGAAGUCAGUGACCAAUGAGGAUGUGACCCAGGAGGAGCUUGGAGGAGCAAAGACGCACACUGCUGUGUCCGGUGUUGCUCACAAGGCCUUUGAGAAUGAUAUAGAUGCACUCCUGAACCUUAGGGACUUCUUUAACUUCCUCCCUUUGAGCAACAAAGACCCAUCUCCUGUCAUGGAAUGUCACGACCCCAGUGAUCGUCUUGUUCCUGGCCUUGAUACAAUUGUUCCCUUUGAAACCACUAAAGCCUAUGACAUGCUGGAUAUCGUUCAGGCAAUUGUGGACGAAAGAGAAUUUUUUGAAAUCAUGCCAAACUACGCCAAAAACAUUGUUGUGGGGUUUGCCAGGAUGAAUGGCCGCACCGUGGGCAUUGUGGGUAACCAGCCUAAGGUGGCUUCAGGCUGUCUGGAUAUCAACUCCUCAGUGAAAGGGGCUCGCUUUGUUCGUUUUUGUGAUGCCUUCAACAUUCCAAUUAUUACCUUUGUGGAUGUGCCUGGAUUUUUGCCAGGCACCGCUCAGGAAUAUGGAGGCAUUAUCAGACAUGGGGCGAAGCUGCUUUAUGCAUUCGCAGAGGCAACCGUUCCCAAAAUCACCAUCAUCACAAGAAAGGCCUAUGGAGGGGCAUAUGACGUCAUGAGCUCCAAACAUCUCCGAGGGGACUUGAACUACGCCUGGCCAUCUGCCGAAGUUGCUGUCAUGGGUGCCAAGGGUGCUGUGCAGAUCAUCUUCAGGGGCAAGGAGAACCAGGCGGAGGCUGAAGCCGAGUAUGUGGAGACGUUUGCCAACCCAUUCCCUGCCGCUGUCAGAGGUUUUGUUGAUGACAUUAUUCAGCCCUCAACAACCAGAAAGAGAAUCUGCCGAGACCUGGAGGUCCUGGCCAGUAAGAAGCAAAGCAACCCCUGGAAAAAACAUGCCAACAUUCCCUUGUAAAGUUGUCUGUCUGGUGUAAUUGAUUGUGUGUGCGGUUAUUUUGUAGAUAAUGUAGGAUUGAGAUCCAUAAUACUACACCAGUUAUCCAAUGAUAACUAAGCCUUACCUUAAACAGAACUUUUGUACACUAUGUUCGCGAAAUCUGUUUGGUCCACCAUGUUGUAGUGUGACCCUUUGGGUUGAAGUGUAUACUGAUUGAGAAUAAAUACAACAGUACCAAAAAAAA